AUGAACCCAAGGCAGGCCUAUGCGCCAACACCUCAUAGCUAUGUGCCUAAUACGACUCUCUCAGCCACAAUUAAUCUAGAUCAGGAGGUAAAGCUAGCAGACACACGUGCCGAGAGAGACCUACAAGACUCUCUCGCCGAGAUCUUCUCUAUCAUCGUUACUUUGGAUGAACUGGAAAGGGCAUUUCUUAAAGAUGCCAUUCCCGAAGCAGACUACACAGAGAUCUGUGAACGAUCUCUAAAGCAAUACAAGUCUAUCUUAGCGGAUGAAACCGUAGCUAAAGCAUUUGUGGGUUUAGAAGAGUUCAAGGCCGAGUGGGAUCUUGAAGUCCCGAGAGCAACAGAACGAAUUAGGGUGGGAAUGCCAUCAACUGCGGUCACUGCUUCUACUGGCGCCACUCAAUCAUCUGGUUCGACGAGCAAUAAAUCUGGGGCUCUCAUUCUUGAAGCGACCCAAGAUUUCAUUACUUUCUUAGAUGCCCUACGUCUUGGUCUUUUGGCAAAGGAUCAACUUCACCCUCUUCUAACCGAUGUCAUCCAAAGCGUCAACAAAGUUACCGACCGAGACUUUGAGAAUCGCGGCAAAAUUGUCCAAUGGCUGAUUACACUGAAUCAGAUGAAGGCGACCGAAGAAUUGAGCGAACAGCAAGCAAGAGAACUUGAACUGGAUAUCAAUUCUGCGUACUUAGGAUUCAAGAACACGCUUAACUGA